AUGUGUGCAGUAGCGACUGUACCUAAUACCAUUCCAGUCUCCUUCGGAUGGGGAAGCAAACUACUCAACACGGAGGAUAGAGCUAAUACAAGAGAUGAGCAUGCGCAAAGGGCUAAACCCCCAUGGAAAAUGCGGUGGGAGUCCCGACCUGCACCGAUCCGGAGAGAAGAGGCUUCGUGCGAGAAGAGGGACGGCAGCAGGAAACCUACAGAGGUAACAAGAGAAGGCUACAAGCCAGAAGAAGCAAAGAUUGAGCCUCAGUGGUGGCGGAAGACUUCUGCGAAGGAGGCUUACAACAAAGGGGGAGCACUGUUUUAUGUGCGUGCGACAGCGGUACUCCGAGUUGACGUGGCAGGAAGUCCAUGUGACGCGCUCUUGGACACAGGAACCUCCAGAAGCUUCAUUAGUCCUAAAACAAUCGAACAGCUCAAGGUCAAGGUGCGGCGACUCAAAGUAGAGCACAGGUUUAGAGUAGUUACCGGUGAACAGUUUUUCAUUGAUCAUGUCUUGGCGGGGUUGACGAUGUGGUGCGGACAUGCAAACUACUCAGGAGACUUCUUAGUGGGGCCCGUUCCCUAUGACUUAGUACUAGGGUUGGUUUGGCUGAAUGGACAUAAGGUGGCUUGGUACUUCCAGUCAGACAAGCUGAGAACCUAUGUGAACGGCAAGUGA